CCUUGUUUUUAAUCAAUUACAUCUAAUGUAGAAUAUGAUUCCAUUCUGGCCAGCUGGCUAUAGUGAUAGUUGUUGAAAUGAUCAUGUUCUAGCCGCCACCAACCAAUUAACCCACCCGUAUCAAUAAUCGACCAUUCAUUAUAUCCUCGCUCUAAUUACUCUCCACUUUAAUUAAACACGAAAGAUCAGAGUUAGUUAGGAAUGAUGUAAUAUAAUGUCGUUUCUUAAACUCAUAUUAUUCAACUACCUUUGCUUCUUUCUCAGUCUCAUCACCACCUUCAAUUUGUUCAUAACCGAAGCCAGUAAUAAUAAUAAUAAUAAUCAUAGUAAUGAGCUUGAUUACUUGAAAUGCGAUUGUUUAAACAACAAAACCAUCUCUCCUAUUAUUCCCACUACCAUCUACAGAUCCAACCUCCAAACCCUUCUCACCUCCCUCUCUUCCCACGCGGCCACCGCCGGCUUCUACAACGCCACCGCCGGCGGCGGCCACCCGAACGAAACAAUCUAUGGGAUGUACAUGUGCCGCGGUGACGUCAGCAACCAGACAUGCCAAGAGUGCGUAGAAACAGCAAAGCAGGAAAUAGGGUCAAGGUGUGGGAAUAACUCGAAAGAAGGCAUAAUUUGGUACCACCAAUGCUUCCUUCGCUACUCGAAUCGUUCGUUCUUCUCUACCUUGGAUGAGUGGCCUCGCCUUGAGUACAUCGUUCACAACAAUGGCAGCAAUGCGGGCAAUGAAGGAAGCUACGGGUGGUUGUUGGCGAGCACGUUGAACGAGGCAAUUGAAGAGGCGAAGAGCAAGAUGAAGAAAUUUGCAACAAAACACGCGAGCUUGAAUGGUUCUAAGAACGUAUAUACACUUGUUCAGUGCACUCCGGAUCUGUGGAGAGAAGAUUGCAGUAAGUGUUUGAAUGAUUUAAUGAAGGAUAUUCCUAUGUGCUGUUUGGGAACCGAUGGUGGGAUGGUUCUUUCUCCAAGCUGCAAUUUGAUGUUCGGAUUACGCCAAUUUUACUCCAAUGUUACUAUUCGUACCACCUGGAAUUCACUACCUAAUUCUAGACUUGGUAAAUAUCAAACUAAGCUUUCAGGGAAACCAAGUGGCAGAAGAUUAAAGAUUAUCAUAGCGUCUACUGUUCCUAUUGUUGCUUUCUUGAUGCUUUAUUUCUUUGGCUAUCAUUUCCGGCGGAUAAAUGCUCUGCGGCGUUAUAAGGCUAUCCUUAAAGAAAAUUUUGGAAACGAAAGUACUACUUUGGAGUCAUUGCAAUUUGACUUAGUUACGAUUGAAGAAGCAACAAACAAUUUUUCUUGUGCAAACUUGAUAGGUAAAGGUGGAUUUGGAGAAGUUUACAAGGGCAUUCUUUCUGAUGGACGAGAAAUAGCGGUAAAAAGAUUAUCAAUAACUUCCGAGCAAGGCAUUGCGGAAUUUAAGAAUGAAGUUUUGCUGAUAGCUAAACUUCAACACAGAAAUCUUGUUGCAUUAUUGGGAUUUUGCUUACAAGAAGGAGAGAAAAUACUUAUUUAUGAAUUUGUUCCUAACAAGAGCCUAGACUACUUUUUAUUCGGUUCUGAACUGCAUAGGCUAUUAAGUUGGUGUGAGAGAUUUAAAAUUAUAGGCGGAAUUGCUAGUGCAAUUCUUUAUUUACAUGAGUAUUCUCGCCUCAAAAUUAUACACCGUGAUAUCAAACCUAGUAAUAUUUUAUUAGAUGCCAACAUGAAUCCUAAAAUUUCAGAUUUUGGCAUGGCAAGAAUGGUUGCUAUUGAUCAAGAUCAAGGACGAACACGUAGAAUUGUGGGAACAUAUGGUUAUAUGUCCCCAGAAUAUGCUAUGUUAGGAAAAUAUUCGGAAAAAUCUGAUAUCUUCAGUUUUGGAGUUAUGAUUUUGGAGAUUGUUAGUGGCAAAAAAAAUUCUUCUUAUGACUCUUACUACAACGAUGGUCUCUUGAGUCAUGCUUGGAAGCAAUGGAGAGAUGGGACACCAUUUGAAAUACUGGACCCAAAUCUACAUGAAUCAUGUUCUCAAAUGGAAGUGAUUAGAUGCAUCCAAGUUGGUUUACUAUGUGUUCAAGAAAAUCCUAAUGAUAGGCCACAAAUGGCAGAAGUAGUUUCAUAUCUAAGUAACCUCUCCAUUGAGUUGCCAUUUCCUCACGAGCCUGCUUUUUUUGUACAUGGUAGAAUGAAUCCAAAUAUGGUCGCACUAGAAGUUGAUUCAGGACACCUAAGCAAUUGUUCCACUCAACAUUCACUCAACGAAAUGUCUAUUAGUAUCUCUGUUCCACGAUAGUACGAGGUCAAUUGAAGCCAUUACACGUGUGUGUUAGUGUGUACAUAUAUGAAAUUCAAAUUCUUUUAUUCAAAUAAUGGAUAUAAUAAAUAUCAGUUACUUUGAAUU